AUGGAAUCAAUCAAGGACGCCGAUCGCGGCUUCGUGGCAAAGAUCGAACCUUGCAUAAUUGAGGAUAUCGAUGGCCGUAUUGUGUGGAAUAAUGAGGCAUAUUCUUUCUUGACAUCCACGUCUUGCCCAGAGACUGCCAAUUCAAAACUAUGGCAACAAGCGCAACUUGUAAGCAAACAAGGUCUAUUCAAGGUUACCGACAGCAUAUACCAGAUUCGUGGUUUCGACCUUUCAAAUAUGACUAUUAUCGAGGGGAUUUGUGGCGUCGUUGUGGUUGACCCUCUUACUUCAGUCGAAUGUGCUGAGGCAGCCCUCGAUUUAUAUUACAAACAACGCGGCAAAAAACCUGUGCUUGGAAUGAUCUAUACACACUCACAUGCUGAUCACUUUGGCGGUGCAAAAGGAAUUCUAGGAGGGCACCAGACCAAUGCUAUCCCAAUCCUGGCGCCUCAUGGAUUUCUCGAACACGCAGUCUCAGAGAAUGUUUAUGCGGGCAAUGCCAUGGCUCGCAGAGCGGCAUAUAUGUAUGGUGAUCAGCUGCCAAAAGGCCCCUUCGGUCAAAUCAGCUGCGGUUUGGGUGCAACUGUAUCGACGGGAAGGGUGACCUUAGUGCCUCCGUCGGUUGAUAUCACGCAUACUGGCCAGGUGGAGGUGGUCGACGGAAUAGAGUUUGUAUUCCAAGUUACCCCCGGAACAGAAGCACCUGCCGAAAUGAAUUUUUAUCUACCUCAGCAUCGAGCUCUGUGUGUUGCUGAAAAUGCGACGCAAUGCCUCCACAACGUCGCAACAUUAAGAGGAGCGGAAGUCAGAGAUGCCCUCGCUUGGUCUUCGUACUUGGACGAGACAAUCAUUCUUUUUGCUGAAAAAACAGACAUUGUGUUUGCUUCUCAUCACUGGCCUACUUGGGGUCAAGCAAAGAUUGUCGAAUUUCUUAGUCAGCAGCGAGAUCUCUAUGCCUUCUUGCAUGGUCAAACUCUACGAUUUAUAAAUGAGGGCCUGAUUGGCAUCGAAAUUGCCGAAAGAAUGGAGCUUCCGGCCCAACUACGAGAGGCUUGGCAUACGCAAGGAUUCUAUGGCUCCGUAAGCCACAAUGUCAAAGCUAUCUACCAGCGAUACAUGACAUGGUUCGAUGGUAAUCCAGCCCAUUUAUGGGAGCAUCCGCCAACCGAAGCCGCGAAACGUUACGUCUCUUGCAUGGGUGGUGUCGAAGAAGUACUCCAAAAAGCGAAGAAAUUUUGUGAACAAGGAGAUCUUCGCUUCGCCGUCACAAUACUCAAUCAUGCAGUGUUCACUGACCCAGAAAAUCAAGAGGCAAGAAAUUUACUAGCUUCUACUUACGAAAGUCUGGGGUAUGGUUGUGAGAAUGGCCCUUGGAGGAACUUUUAUAUCAGCGGAGCAAUGGAGUUACGUGGCCACCAGCCAAAGAAGAAUGUUCUGACCGGCCAGACUGGAGUCAGUGAGGCAUUAUCACUUCAUCAUUUGUUUGCAUCACUAGCAGUUCGGCUAGACGGUUCUCGGGCUCAAGAGCAGGAUUUUGUUCUUGAUCUCUAUGUGACGGAUCGAGAUGAGCAUUGCCGUUUAAUUGUCAGCAAUGGUGCAUUAAUUCACCGCACUGGCCAACAAGUUUGCAAGAAGUCAUCGCUGGAAAAGGUCAAUUUUUCUGGAACUCUUUCAUUCCAUAAAUUGAUACAGGUACUCACUGAUAACGAGAAAGGCCAAGAAGGGAAUAUUUUUAUUGAAGAACACGGGACCGCUCAUACUGGCAAAAAUUACUUUCAUUGCUUGUCACGCCUAACCCAGCAUUCAACAUCGUUGUUCCUUAAUUUGAUUAAAUUAGUUCUUUCCUGA